AUGUUAAUAUCGCCGGAUCCUGUUGAAAAUGCAACAACCACCACAAUCGAGUCCCUCUACGGGACACCGAAACUUCCCCUUCGAAAAUCCGAAUACCAGAAAGAACGCGCGUCAAUGCCGGAUACCGAGGUCGUCGAACUGCCAGCUGCGGCAGCCGAUAAAAUGAAACCGUCCGUUCUCCGAUUAGAGAAUCUGGAUAGAGUACCCAAUGACGCGGACGAUGGCGAGGUCUCCUCUGUCACCGAUGGCCUUCUCAGCAGUAGACGGCCUUCACCGACGCUUCUAUCACCUCCCCAGUGGGCCGCUUUCAGUCUUCCUCGGCAUCCCCUGUUUCCCCCGCUUCCGAUAUAUGAUCACCCUCCUUCGACCCUUGAAACCCUGCGAUAUUUGGCGAUUCGGGCGACAUCAUUCGUUUUAUCCCUAUUUUUCCUCUUGAUUAUAAUUCUCGGGGCUCUCUUUUGCAGCAUUUGGCUUUCUUUAGUCUCGAUAGGUCACUAUUUACAAGGAAAGGCCGAGCCACAACAGCGGAGGUUUCACGCAGAAGAGCGAGCGCGGAGGUUGGAAAGAACAACUUCAUCGAGGAGGUGGAAACUUCGGCAGGAGAAGAGGGAGGUUGACGAGGAAGUCCCAGAUGAUUGUCCACCCUUGGAAGGCGGGAAAGACCUGGUUAUCGGUGAUGUCGCCUAUUAUGCCAGGAGGGUUGGGCUGGACGUGGAGACAUUCAAAGUUCAAACGGAAGACGGGUUUAUCCUCACGCUUUGGCAUCUUUACAACCCUCAAGAGUAUAAUCCUCUGCCGGCCAGUGAGAGAGGGCCGCGGGGUCCGAUUGUCUUUAGCGGGGGAAGGCAUUCGCAGUCGUCCGACAGUGCUCGCCGCAAGUAUCCAAUUCUGUUAAUGCAUGGCUUGUUACAGAACUCAGGUGCUUAUUGCGCGAAUGACGACGAUAGUCUUGCUUUUUUUCUCUGCAAGUCUGGGUAUGAUGUCUGGCUUGGAAAUAACCGUUGCGGUCUUCAACCAGAACAUACGACGAUGUUGCAAAACGACCCUCGCAUGUGGAGCUGGACGAUUCAACACAUGGGCGUCUUCGAUAUUACGGCUUUGACAUCGCGUGUUUUGUUUCAGACUGGGUAUGAGAAGCUGGGGCUUGUAUGUCACUCGCAAGGAACAGCGCAAACGUUCAUAGCGCUGGCGAAAAGCCACCGCCCGGAGUUGGGGAAGCAUAUUUCGGUCUUCUGUGCUCUGGCACCGGCCGUAUAUGCUGGACCGCUUGUUGAGCGCAUUUAUUUCCGCUUCAUGCGACUGGUAUCGCCUGCAGCCUUUCGGUUAAUCUUCGGCAUCCACUCUUUCAUUCCGUUCAUGCUCACGGUUCAGCGAUGGCUUCAUUCUCGGAUAUACGGAAAGCUGGGCUAUGUAGUCUUCUCGUACCUCUUCAACUGGUCAGACGACCGAUGGGACUGUGGACUUCGGGACCGCCUGUUCCAGUUCGCGCCUGUCUAUGUUAGCAGUGAGACCAUCCGGUGGUGGCUCGGCGCGGACGGGUUCUCAACACAUGAAUGCAUUCUCGCAACAAGGGAUUCGUGUUUAAUCGAGAUUGACGAGGACCGCUGUAUCCAACGAGGUACCGAACACGAGACAUCCCGAAGUGACACCGCCUGGUAUGGCCCCAACACCCCGCCCUUUGCACUGUGGGUUGGCGGUUCAGACCAGCUCGUGGAUGGCCGGAAACUGCUGCAGCGCUUCCGGAAUGGCCGGGAGCCCCACGUGCAGCUGGCGCAUGCGAAGGUGAUUGAAGAGUACGAGCAUCUCGAUGUGCUUUGGGCGAUGGACAUGAUUGAGCAGGUUGGCUGCGAGGUUCGACAGGUGCUGUGGGAUACGAUGCCUGCGGAUGCACGGGCGUCGAGUGUCAUGCCGCGGGGGGUUGAAUGA